AUGCCUCCAAACUACAUUUGGGCCAAACGCGGUGGAAGCUCCAAGAUUUCAGCCGGCGAAAAGCAUUCCAUGCGCAUGACGGCUGUGCUCACUGCUCGCGCCGAUGAUGAAAAGCUUCCUAUCAUGUUCAUCAUGAAAGGUAAACCUGGUGGGCGCAUCGAAACUCACGAGUCUUACCUCAGCAACGUCCUUCACGACCACAUUGAGGAAGCUUCGGUCGUUAUCCUGGACAACUUUGAGUCACAUGUGUCGGAUGAAUCGUACAAGAUCGUCCAACCGCUCGACGUUGGUGUCAUGGCGCCUUUCAAGCGCAACACGCGGGAGCAUUGGCUCUGA